AUGUCAAAACUCGUUUACAAAAACAUGAAGGACACCGAUACGGAGCUUUACAACCUGAUUAUGGAAGAGAAGCAACGACAAGAAGAGUCUAUCGAGCUUAUUGCAAGCGAGAGUUACGUGAGCGUGCCCGUUCUACAGGCAUCCAUAUCUCUGCUACACAACAAAUACAGUGAAGGAAUGGUUGGUGAGCGUUAUUACGGCGGAACCGAUGUAAUCGACAAGAUUGAGGGUCUUUGCAAGGAGCGGGCCUUGAGCGUUUUCAACCUCGAUGAGAACGUGUGGGACGUAAAUGUGCAGCCAUAUUCGGGAGCGAUCGCUAACUUUGAGAUAUACAACGCGCUCAUAGGACCAGGCGGGCGAUUGAUGGGUCUGGAUCUCUUCUCAGGCGGACAUUUGAGUCACGGGUUUAAAAUUGAGAAUAGGAAAAUAUCGGUGACCUCAAAAUAUUUCGAAAGUCAUCCUUACAAGCUGAAAAGCGAUGGAUCGAUCGAUUAUGAGCAGAUGCAACGAGACUUUGUGGACCACAAGGUAAGCAUUCUCAUAGGCGGUGCCUCGGCGUAUCCAAGAGAUUUUGACUAUAAGAGGAUGAGAAAGAUUGCCGACUUGAACAAGGCCUAUCUGAUGGCCGAUAUCGCACAUAUAUCCGGUCUGGUCGCAUGUGGAAGAAUGAAUAAUCCCUUUGAGUACUGUGACGUCGUGAUGACCACGGUGCAAAAGAUGCUGAAAGGCCCAAAAGCGGGCAUUAUAUUCUACAGAAAGAUGAAGAAUGGCGUGAAUAUUCAGAACUUGAUAAACAGGAGCGUGUUUCCGGGGUGCCAAGGUGGUCCUCACAACCAGACAAUAGCAGGUAUAGCUGCAGCACUUAAAAUCGCCAAAUCGGAGGAAUACAGAGAGUUCAUCGAUCAGGUGUUACGAAACAUGCAAGCCAUGACCAAAGUGUUUCUCGAGAACGGCAUAAAGCUGUUAACAAACGGAACAAUUAACCACCUAGCACUUCUUGACAUGCGUAACAUCCAAAUGGACGGUCAGGUUUUCUCAUUGGAUGGUUCAAUGUUUGAAUGGGUGUGCAACUUUGUGAACAUCUCGCUCAACAAGAACUCUCUGCCGGAUGACAGCAGUUGUCUCCAUCCGAACGGAAUACGGGUUGGCACGGUAUCGGUAACAACACGUGGAAUGAAGGAGGAUGGCUGUGAGCGUAUUGCACGGAUGUUGGUCGAGAUAAUGAAGAAGCUGGCAAGCUAUGGGUUGAUCAGUGUUGAAGAGACAAAAGAACGCGUUAGAAAAGAUGAGUGGUUCACAGAGAUGAGGGUAAGGGUGAAAGAUACGGUCAGAGAGUAUCCAAUACCAGGUGCUGAUCUGUUUGAAAGAUCGAAUGAUUAAAAGCUGUUCUAAGUUCUACC